CCAACUGCUCCUCAGUCGGUCGGGAUUUCAGAACACGGGAGAAUCACCGGAAAGGGUUUUGUGGUUAAACGGCACUAUUUGGGAGGAGAUACUACAUUAUAUGGUUACAUAAACGCACAAAGAGGUAUCCUGUCAAAAAUUUUACCAUGGAAAUUGAACUAUGAGGUGUUGUGUAGCUGCAGAAGACUGAGUGAACCAUGGCACAGUUCCCCACCACAUUCACAGGUCCAGAUGUGUUUCUGAUCUCAGUGGAUGAGAGAGCCAAACAUGAUCAGCAGUUUCACAGCCUCUCUCCAACUGCCGGGGGUUACAUCACAGGCGACCAAGCCAGGAACUUUUUCCUUCAGUCAGGACUGCCCCCUCCCAUCCUGGCCCAAAUCUGGGCUUUGGCUGACAUGAACAGUGAUGGUCGCAUGGAUAUUCACGAGUUUUCUAUUGCGAUGAAACUAAUCAAGCUGAAACUCCAGGGUCACCCUUUGCCCCCCUCACUUCCACCCAGUAUGAAACAGCCCCCGCUGCCUUUGCCUCCACAGGCUGGCUUUGGCAUGCCCCCCAUGGCUCCCAUCCCAACUCCUCUGCCAGGCGUGCCCCCUCUCCCCCUGCCUCCUCUCCCUGUCGGGGUGUCUCCCCCACUCGUCUCGUCGGCCCCACCACCGCUGCCCCAACCCAUUGCAAACGGAGCUCCUCCCACAGGCAUGAUGCAGCCCAUCUCCAGCUUCUCACACCCAGCAUCCUCUGUCAACAAGUCAUCUUCGUUUAACCGUUCAAGCACCAAACUGCAGAAAGGACCAUCCUUUGAUGCUUCUAGUAGUCAGCCCACUUCGACUCAGGCUGACUGGGCUGUUCCACAGUCAUCCAGACUGAAGUAUAGACAGCUUUUUAACUCCCAUGACAAGAUGAUGAGUGGACAUCUCACCGGUCCCCAGGCUCGCACCAUCCUGAUGCAGUCCAGUCUUCCUCAGAGCCAGCUUGCCACGAUAUGGAGUCUAUCAGAUAUCGACCAGGAUGGAAAGUUAACAGCUGAGGAGUUUAUCUUAGCCAUGCAUCUCAUAGAUAUGGCUAUGUCAGGUUUACCGUUACCCCCUGUGUUACCACCAGAAUACCUCCCACCAACAUUCAGGCGUGUGCGUAGUGACAGUGUUCAGUCGGACCAAAAGAGCGUCCAGGAGGAAACUGAGGAGGAGACAGAGAGCAGUCAGGAAAAGAAACUACCAGUGACAUUUGAGGAUAAGAAGAGGGAAAAUUUUGAGCGGGGGAACCUGGAGCUGGAGAAGAGACGGCAGGCCUUGCAGGAGCAGCAGAGGAAAGAGCAGGAGAGGCUGGCAGCGCUGGAGAGAGAGGAGCAGGAAAGAAAGGAGCGUGAGCGCCUGGAACAGGAGAGGAGACGACAGCAGGAACUAGAAAAACAGCUGGAAAAACAGAGAGAGUUAGAGAGGCAGAGAGAGGAGGAGAGACGUAAAGAGAUCGAAAGAAGAGAGGCUGCUAAGAGGGAGUUAGAGCGGCAACGUCAGUUGGAGUGGGAGCGGCAGCGUCGCCAGGAACUUUUGACUCAGAGAAACCGAGAGCAGGAGAGUAUAGUUCUGCUCAAAGCCAGGAAGAAGACCCUGGAGUUUGAACUGGAGGCGCUGAAUGACAAGAAGACUCAGCUGGAGGGUAAACUGAAGGAUGUUCGAUUUCGACUCUCAGCUCAGCGAAGAGAAGUGGAACAGACCAAUCAGACCAGAGAGACACGCAUUGCUGAAAUCACCCUGCUCCAACAGCAGCUGCAGGACUCUCAGCAGUGGCUGGGGAGGCUAAUUCCUGAUAAACAGAGUCUCAAUGACCAGCUAAAACAGGUUCAGCAGAACAGCCUGCAUCGUGACAGUCUGUCGUCCCUGCAGAAGGCUGUGGAACAGAAAGAGAGCAGCAGACAGCAGCUCAGAGAGCAGCUGGAUGCUGUGGAGAGAGAAACCAGAGCCAAACUGCUUGAAAUAGACGCUUUCAACACUCAGCUGAAGUCUCUGUGUGAGUUCUAUGCCAACCACUGUGCCAGGAUAGAAGCCCUGCGACGCCAGCUUCAGGAGGAACAGAGAGGGAGACAGGAGCUGAGGGAAAUCCACAGCCGGCAGCAGAGACUGAAACAGAAGGAACUGGAAGGAGAUGCACUGACACACUCUCACAUUCACACGCCAAGUGAGAGAAAGUCAGCUGAACUGCAGGAGAGCAGGUUGUCAUCAGAUGAAGGUGUAGCUUGGAGGGAUGAAACGGGAAGCUCUGUCCCUAAAGCACCUAGCCCCGCCUCCAGCACCGGGCCCCACGCCUGGCUGAACAGAGUCACUCAGGAAGAAGAGGACAGGAAAAGAAGAGGGAUGGAGGAAGACGAAGAGGGACGAAAGGGAGCAGGAGCAAUGGAAGACAAAGAAGACGAGGGGAGAGGCAAGAAGGACAUGCAUGAGAAACUGACCAAACUGUUCAGCCAACCGGCCGAUCCCUGGGCCUCAGCAGCAGUAGAAAAGGGUCCAGUGCCUAAUCUGUUUGACCAGAAAGCAUCAGUGAGCAGCUUUGACCAACAGCAGCCGGUGAAGGUGGUCUACUACAGGGCACUUUACCCCUUUGACGCUCGCAGCCAUGAUGAAAUCAGUAUCACACCAGGAGAUGUAAUCAUGGUGAAGGGGGAAUGGGUGGAUGAGUCCCAGACGGGCGAACCUGGCUGGCUGGGAGGUGAGCUCAGAGGACGAACUGGUUGGUUUCCAGCCAAUUAUGCGGAACGGAUACCCGACAGUGAAGCACCAAUCAGUUUGCGUGCCACAGCCUCAGCCACACCCACCGCAGCCCAGCAGCCAAUGACCACACCUCCCCCAGCUCCUGGGCACACAUCCUCCUCAACAUCCUCCGCCAACAGCAACUGGGCUGAUUUCAGCACCACAUGGCCCUCAAACACAGCCAGCCAAUCAGACAGCGAGGGAUGGGAUGCAUGGCCAACUUCUUCAGCCAGUCAGAAUCCUUCUCUAAGUGUUCCCUCUGCACAGUUACGACAACGCUCUGCCUUUACACCUGCCACUAUGACGACAGGCUCCUCCCCUUCUCCUGUGCUGGGACAGGGAGAAAAAGUUGAAGGUCUUCAAGCUCAAGCCUUGUAUCCCUGGAGAGCAAAGAAAGACAACCACCUCAACUUCAAUAAAAAUGAGAUAAUAACAGUGUUGGAACAGCAGGACAUGUGGUGGUUAGGUGAACUACAGACCGGACAGAGAGGCUGGUUCCCCAAAAGUUACGUCAAGCUCAUCUCUGCCACUAUGACGGCCCCCACUGGUGCCACAGCCCGCAGCAAAAACACGAGUGAGUCUGGAGUAACAGACAGCCCACCCAAUGGAAAGAGACCCUCCCCUUCACCAACCAAACCCUCUGAGUCUGGAGAAGAGUACAUCGCCAUGUACACCUACGAGAGCAGCGAACAGGGGGAUCUGAGUUUCCAACAAGGAGAUAUUGUCAUGGUGACGAGAAAAGAAGGAGACUGGUGGACGGGUAUGGUCGGAGGCAAGACCGGUGUCUUCCCAUCCAAUUACGUCAAACCACGAGACUCGGCAUCAGAGUCCUUGGGUCCGGCGGGGAAGACAGGCAGCCUUGGAAAGAAACCAGAGAUUGCUCAGGUCAUCGCCCCCUACAGCGCAACUGGAGCAGAGCAGCUGACGUUAGCUCCAGGACAGCUCAUCCUCAUCAGGAAAAAGAACCCAGGGGGCUGGUGGGAGGGCGAGCUACAGGCCCGGGGCAAAAAGCGCCAGAUAGGUUGGUUUCCAGCCAAUUAUGUAAAGCUGCUCAGUCCCAGCACCAGCAAGACCACGCCCACAGAGCCCACCCCUCCUAAACUGGCUCCUGCUAGCACAGCUCUGUGUCAGGUGAUCGGCAUGUAUGACUACGUGGCCCAGAAUGAUGACGAGCUGGCUUUUCAGAAGGGUCAGGUGAUCACAGUGCUCAACAAGGACGACUGUGAUUGGUGGAAAGGAGAGCUGAACGGGAGGGAGGGUCUGUUCCCAAGCAACUAUGUCAAACUCACCACAGAUACGGAUCCAAGCACGCAGUGGUGCGCUGACCUUCACCUGCUUGACAUGCUGAGUCCCAUGGAGAGGAAAAGGCAGGGGUACAUCCACGAGCUCAUCGUCACCGAGGAGAACUAUGUCAACGACCUGCAGCUCGUCACAGAGAUCUUUCACAAACCUCUGCUGGAGUGCGAACUGCUCACAGAGAAAGAAGUGGCCAUGAUCUUCGUCAACUGGAAGGAGCUCAUCAUGUGCAACAUCAAACUGCUCAAGGCUCUGAGGGUGAGGAAGAAGAUGUCCGGUGACCGGAUGCCAGUGAAGAUGAUCGGUGACAUCUUGACCAAUCAGCUUCCUCACAUGCAGCCGUACAUCAGAUUCUGCUCGUGUCAGCUGAACGGAGCCACACUCAUUCAACAGAAAACUGACGACAACCCUGAGAUUAAAGACUUUCUCAAGAGGUUAGCCAUGGAUCCCAGGUGUAAAGGAAUGCCGCUGUCCAGUUUCCUGCUCAAACCCAUGCAGAGAGUCACACGCUACCCACUCAUUAUCAAAAAUAUCUUAGAAAAUACUCCUGAGUCACAUCCAGACCACAGUCAUCUGAAAGCUGCUCUGGAGAAAGCUGAGGAGUUGUGUUCACAGGUGAAUGAAGGCGUCAGGGAGAAGGAGAACUCCGAUCGACUGGAGUGGAUUCAGGCUCAUGUCCAGUGUGAAGGCCUGUCUGAGCAACUGGUGUUUAACUCUGUCACCAACUGUCUGGGUCCCAGGAAGUUCCUCCACAGUGGGAAACUGUUCAAAGCUAAAAGCAGUAAAGAGCUCUACGGUUUCCUGUUCAACGACUUCCUGCUGCUCACACAGGUGACCAAACCUCUGGGCUCCUCUGGUUCAGACAAAGUCUUCUCUUCCAAAACACACCUGCAGUAUCGCAUGUAUAAGACGCCAAUCUUCUUAAAUGAGGUAUUAGUGAAGCUGCCAACAGACCCGUCAGGAGAUGAACCUCUGUUCCACAUCUCUCAUAUAGACAGAGUUUACACACUUAGAGCUGAGAGCAUUAAUGAAAGGACGGCGUGGGUUCAGAAAAUAAAGGCAGCUUCCGAACUCUUCAUCGAGACGGAGAAGAAGAAGCGAGAGAAGGCAUAUCUCGUGCGGUCUCAGAGGGCUACAGGCAUCGGCAGACUGAUGGUCAACAUUGUGGAGGGGAUUGAGCUCAAACCUUGUCGCUCCCAUGGAAAAAGUAACCCAUACUGUGAGGUGACCAUGGGCUCUCAGUGCCAUAUCACAAAAACGUUACAGGACACGUUGAAUCCUAAGUGGAACUCCAAUUGCCAGUUUUUUAUAAAAGACCUGGAACAGGACGUCCUCUGUGUCACUGUGUUUGAACGAGACCAGUUCUCACCUGACGACUUCCUGGGCAGGACGGAGAUCCGGUUGGCUGAAAUAAAAAAGGACCAGGGUUCUAAAGGACCAAUCACGAAGCGGUUGCUGCUCCACGAGGUUCCCACAGGAGAGAUCGUUGUCAGGCUGGAUCUCCAGCUCUUUGAAGAACCAUAAAAACCUGGACACGACAGACUGGACUAGAAAGCAGAGUUUCUGAGAGACCGGGUAUGGGUCUGACAGUGGGACUGGAUUAGUCUGGACUGGGAGAUGUUACUGGUCUGGUCAGUUUCAUGGUACUGAAAGACUUUACAUCAAAGGGAGGUGGUACGGUCAAGUCCAUUUGUAUUCAUGUGCAAAGCAAAAACAGGAAGGUGUUUGCGAAUUUAAACAAAUCCUUAAUCAAUCAUGUAGUCCUGUAAGCCAAUCAAAUGUCUUGCUAUGUGGGAAAAAAAGUCCAGGACACGCCCCUUUACACGGAUCUACUACAAAAUUUAAUGACUUCAUCGUAGGUGCUUCACAUACUCAUCUACCAACGUUCAUUAAAACUGUUCCAGUGCUCUUUUUUUUUUUUCGUAAACCUGCUAACACACACUUUUACACAAAUUUUAUUAUAAAAACAACUGAAACCACACUGCUUCUGCAAUAACUUAUUAAAACUGAUUGAAACGCUGAACAUUUCUGUCAUCUAUUUGGUGAGAAUAACAAUAAAUAGUAGCUCAAAUUCACCUUUUAACCAACUACCACUGAAUCACAUUAUAAUGAAAACUUGUUUUAGCAAAAUUUGCAUAAAAAAAAAACUGCAUAGCACUCAGUUAUUGUGACAAUAAUCCCUUUGCAGUUUUGACUGAGUGUUUAUUUCCUGCCUGAAACCAUGUCUGCAGGUCUUGACUGACACUCAGGCUGCAAAUUUCUUCAAACACAGUUCUGCCUUAAAUGUUUGGCAUUAAAAAUGCUGCAUUUUCUUCUUCCAUUGGAAUUUUUCUCAUCAAAAAUUGGUUCACUAAAGCAUAUCAAUAUGAGGCACAAAUCUGGAAAUACAACAUGUAUAAUGGUACAGAUGUUAUAAUAUAUUGCAAGCAUUGUAAGCAAAGCAAUAUGUGUUUUGUAUAUGAUUUUUUUUUAUAAGAUCUAUCUAGUUUUAUAAAAAAAACUGCCAUAGUAUAAAGAAUACACAACGCAGUUCUGUCUGUAUAAAAAAGUAACACUACAUUUUUAUACUGUCAGAACAGGGGGAUCAGUCACUUUAGCAUUUACCAUCAUAACACAAUCAAACUAAAAAAAAAAUUAGAACUGAUCACUUGUAGGAUUCCACAUUUUUGAGACUCUAAACAGUCUCACAAUAUAGAACAUCACAAUACUCAAAUGUACUGAUAUUUUCUACUUUAAAAAUGAAAUAAACCACUCUAGAACUAAAUUCUGCCUCCUGCUACCUGUUCCAGUCCAGUCUAAUCCAGUCCAGUUUACCCUUGUCCACUGUCAGUCCAGUCCGGUUCAGUAUUGAGUCCAGUCCAGUCCUUUUGGAGAUUCGCCGGGUCUUUGCUGUUUUCUCUCCCUCUGCUUCUUCUGACAGUCUCAUAGACACUCCAGCACCAACCCCGGCCCUCCCAUUUAGUCCCAACAAACCCAGACCUGUUUGUGUGUCUGUGUGCGUGACUGUGUGAGUGUUAAGGUGGACAAGCUAAUUAAAGGUACACUUAAUUUUUUAAGUUAUUUCCAGACUCCACUCUUCAGGCGGUACCGUAUGUAAAGAGACCUUGACAUUUAGAUUUUUGCCUGUUUUGAUCUUCACUGAAAACUUGCCAUGUUCUUUCAGAAAGUGCUACAUUAUGUACAGGUUUAAUGACAAGUGCUUACGUUUGCUAAAUAAGCUAAAAGAAAAAAAAAUAUAGAAAGAUAUUAAUCCAUUAUAUGACAAGUGUCCAGUGUACAUAACUUACAGACAAAUUAAAUGUGUCAGGGUCCCUUUUACACAUAUGAAUUAUAUUAAUGCUGGUGAAAAACAACAGAAAUAUAUAUACAACACAUGAAACAGGUACGACAGCUAAUCUAAGUUGAGGUACUGUACAAAAAGAAUGUCUUAAUUUUUAUUAUGUUUGUCAGUUUGAUACACAUAAGUCUUAUUUUUAGUUUUUUUUUUGGUUAUGUCAAAGCUGUGUAGAGCUGUCUCAGUGGUCGUCACUAUGCAGGGGUGCAAGGUACUACAGAAAUGUCUUCAUAGGAAUGAGGAGGGGGCCCAGACUCGGUGGUGGUGGUGGUACUCUGACCAGCACUAACCCAGGUCGGUUUACAAAUAAUAUAAAUGCGUGUCGGCACUCCCAGCACUUUUUAUUAAAAAAAAUAAUGCUGUAUUUGGAGCAGAGGAGGAUACCAGUUGAGUGAGUUCUGUUACUAAGAGGCCAUUUUGUCUGAGUUGGGAAUUUAACCUAAAGGAACGCAAUAAAAGAAUAUUUUUUAGGUAACAAAUACCCUCAGUACAGUCCUGCUGACCUUAAAUAUAGUCUACAUCGCAAAAACA